CCCGCCCCGCCGCCAAGCGUCACCGAACCUGCUUGAAAUGCAGCCGGGGAGCCGGGGCGGGCGGCAGCGGUGGUGGUGGCGGCGGCCGCAGCGGCAGCUCCGGCGCCGCGGCAAGGACUUGGCGGGCUGAGGUGCGGCGGCGGCGCGGGGGUCGCGGGGCACGGCGGCCGGAGCCCCGGGCCCGCCAUGGGCCGCCCAGAGUGGUGCGCGCUCUGGCCGCUGGCGCUGUUGCUGCUGCUGCUGCUGCUGCUGCAGCUCCAGCAUCUCUCCGCAGCGGAUCCGCUGCCCGGCGGCGGCCAAGAGCCGGCCAAGGAGUGCGAAGAGGACCAGUUUCGGUGUCGGAACGACCGCUGCAUCCCCUCGGUGUGGAGAUGCGAUGAGGACAACGACUGUUCAGACAACAGCGACGAGGACGACUGCCCCAAGAGGACCUGCGCAGACAGCGACUUUACCUGUGAUAACGGCCACUGCAUCCCGGAGCGCUGGAAGUGCGAUGGGGAGGAGGAGUGUCCUGAUGGAUCUGAUGAAUCAAAGGCCACUUGCUACAGGGAAGAGUGUCCGGCUGAGAAGUUGAGCUGUGGACCCGGCAGCCAGAAGUGUGUGCCUGCUUCUUGGCGCUGCGAUGGAGAGAAGGACUGUGAGGGCGGCGCGGACGAGGCCGGCUGUCCUACCUUGUGCGCCCCGCAUGAGUUCCAGUGCAGCAACCGCUCCUGCCUGGCCUCUGUGUUCGUGUGUGAUGGCGACGAUGACUGCGGCGAUGGCAGUGACGAGCGCGGCUGCUCAGACCCGGCCUGUCCGCCCCGCGAGUUCCGCUGUGGAGGAGGUGGCACCUGCAUCCCUGAGCGCUGGGUCUGCGAUGGCCAGUUUGACUGCGAGGACCGCUCAGAUGAGGCAGCCGAGCUUUGCGGGCGAGUGGGCCAGGAGACCAUGGCCACAGCAGCAGCCUGUGUCCCCACCACCCAGUUCACCUGCCGCAGCGGCGAGUGCAUACACUUGGGCUGGCGCUGCGAUGGCGACCGUGACUGCAAGGACAAGUCUGAUGAGGCCGACUGCUCAGCAUCAGGACCCUGCAGUGAGAAUGACUUCCAGUGUGGGGAUGGGACUUGUGUCCUUGCGAUCAAACGCUGCAACCAGGAACACGACUGUCCAGAUGGGAGUGAUGAAGCUGGCUGCCUGCAGGAGUCAACCUGUGAGGGUCCCCGCAGAUUUCAGUGUAAGAGUGGCGAGUGCGUGGACGGCGGGAAAGUGUGUGAUGAUCAGAGGGACUGCCGGGACUGGUCGGAUGAGCCUCAGAAAGAGUGUGGGCUGAACGAGUGUCUGCACAAUAAUGGCGGCUGUUCCCAUAUCUGCACUGACCUCAAGAUUGGCUUUGAGUGCACAUGCCCAACAGGCUUCCAGCUCUUGGACCAGAAGACCUGUGGCGACAUUGAUGAAUGCCAGGACCCAGAUGCCUGCAGCCAAAUCUGUGUGAAUUACAAGGGCUACUUUAAGUGUGAGUGCCACCCUGGCUAUGAGAUGGAUUCACUGACCAAGAACUGCAAAGCUGUAGCUGGCAAGAGCCCAUCCCUAAUCUUCACCAACCGACAUGAGGUACGAAAAAUAGACUUGGUGAAGCGGGACUACUCGCGGCUCAUCCCCAUGCUCAAAAAUGUUGUGUCACUGGAUGUGGAAGUAGCUACCAAUCGAAUAUACUGGUGUGACCUUUCCUACCGCAAGAUCUAUAGCGCCCACAUGGACAAGGCCAGUGUCCCGGAAGAGCAGGUGGUCCUCAUUGAUGAGCAGCUGCACUCUCCAGAGGGCCUGGCGGUGGACUGGGUCCAUAAGCACAUCUACUGGACAGACUCAGGCAAUAAGACCAUCUCAGUAGCCACCGUUGAUGGCCGCCGCCGAUGUACUCUCUUCAGCCGUGAACUCAGUGAACCCCGAGCCAUUGCUGUUGACCCCCUGCGAGGGUUCAUGUACUGGUCUGACUGGGGAUUCCAGGCAAAGAUUGAGAAAUCUGGGCUCAAUGGUGCAGACCGGCAAACACUGGUUUCAGACAAUAUUGAAUGGCCCAAUGGAAUCACCCUGGACUUGCUGAGCCAGCGUUUGUACUGGGUGGACUCCAAACUGCACCAGCUAUCCAGCAUUGACUUCAACGGAGGCAACAGGAAGAUGCUGAUUUUUUCCACUGAUGUCCUGAGUCACCCUUUUGGGAUAGCUGUAUUUGAGGACAAGGUAUUCUGGACCGAUCUGGAGAAUGAGGCCAUUUUCAGUGCAAAUCGGCUCAAUGGCCUGGAAAUCUCCAUCCUGGCUGAGAACCUCAAUAACCCACAUGACAUAGUAAUCUUCCAUGAGCUGAAGCAGCCAACAGCUGCAGAUGCCUGUGAACUGAGUGCCCAGCCCAACGGUGGCUGCGAAUACCUGUGCCUUCCUGCUCCUCAGACCUCCAACCACUCUCCCAAGUACACGUGUGCCUGUCCUGACACAAUGUGGCUGGGUCCAGACAUGAAGAGAUGCUACCGAGCACCUCAGUCUACCUCAACUACAACGCUAGCCUCUGCUAUGACAAGGACAGUACUCGCCACCACAAGAGCCACUGGAACAACUAUCCAUGACCCUACCUACCAGAACCACAGUACAGAGACACCAAACUGGACAGCUACUGUUCCAAACUCAGUUAGUGUCCCCAGGGCUCCCAGCAUCAGCCCAUCUACCCUAAGCCCUGCAACCAGCAACCACUCCCAGCACUAUGGGAAUGAAGGCAGUCAGAUGGGCUCAACAGUCACUGCUGCUGUCAUUGGCAUCAUCGUGCCCAUAGUGGUGAUAGCCCUGCUGUGCAUGAGUGGGUACCUGAUCUGGAGAAACUGGAAGCGGAAGAACACCAAGAGCAUGAAUUUCGACAACCCGGUGUACAGGAAAACGACCGAAGAAGAAGAUGAAGACGAGCUUCAUAUAGGGAGGACUGCUCAAAUUGGCCAUGUCUAUCCAGCAGCAAUCAGCAGCUUUGAUCGCCCACUGUGGGCAGAGCCCUGUCUUGGGGAGACCAGAGACCUGGAAGACCCAGCCCCUGCCCUCAAGGAGCUUUUUGUCUUGCCGGGGGAACCAAGGUCACAGCUGCACCAACUCCCGAAGAACCCUCUUUCCGAGCUGCCUGUCGUCAAGUGCAAGCGAGUGGCAUUAAGUCUUGAAGAUGAUGGACUGCCCUGAGGAUGGGACCACCCACUUCGUGCCUCAUGGAGUUCAGUCCUAUGCACUACUCUCUCUGGAUGAUGUGUGACUGGAUGAAUGCCAUUUCUAUAUAUGGGUCUGUGUGAGUGUGUGUGAAUGUGUGUGUGUGUGUAACUUUUUUUAAAUUUAUGUUGCGGAAAGGUAACCACAAAGUUAUGAUGAACUGCAAACAUCCAAAGGAUGUGAAAGUUUUUAUAUGUAUAAUGUUUUAUACACUUUUUAACUGGUUGCACUACCCAUGAGGAAUUCAUGGGACAGCUACUGCUGAGUGACUAACAUGAUGUAUAUAACCAAACGGGGGCCAAUGGUACAAACUUUACUCAUCAUUUGAAUACUAUAUUUACAGAGGAUGUUUGAGGGCUUUUUUAGGUUUGAGGGGCUUGAUUUUUUUUUGUAAAUAAAAUUAUGCUUUGUGGCUAUCCAUCAACAUAAGUAUAAAAAGAAAGAACACUUCAACUCCCUUCCUCAUUUAGAUUAUUUAUUAACAUAUUUCAAAAGUAAGGUUAGCUCUAUAAAUAAUUUAGAGAAGUGAGAGUAUUUAUUUUUGGUAUGACUGGCCCACUGCACAGACUCUGUGUUUAUGUGUGUAUGUCUGUAUGAGAGAAAAAAAUCUGUAGAGAAGAGGCACGCUUACGACUACUCAAAUACAUAAAAUCAAAAUUAUUUUAAAACAGUUCACAAGAAGGGUAUCUGGUUUUCAGAGACACCUUCAGAAACUUCAUUCAGAAAAUAGAUGGCACAGUUUGUGCAGACAUGAGGCUACUCCUGAGGCCUUGGUGAGCUAGCAAGCAGCUUUUCAGCUUGUCCAUGGCUGUCAUGACACCACCUAGGCUUUCUGAUCUGUGGCUUAGGUCAGUGUCCAGAAGCCCCCAGGAGCUCAAGGUAGCAGAGCUCAGCCAGUACUCUUAAAGCUCAGCUCAGUUGACUUCCCUCUGAAGCACCUGCAGGCUGAGCCUCUAGAGCUGCAGUUCUCAAACGACCCUUUCACGGGGUCACCUAAAGCCACUGAAAGACACAGAUACUGACAUCACGAUUCAUAGCAGCAGCAAAGUGACAGGAAGUAGCAACAAAAAUAAUUUUAUGGUUGGGGUCACUACAAUAUGAGGAACUGUACUAAAGAGUCCCAGCAUUAGGAAGGUUGAGAGCCACUGCUCUAGAGCUAAGUGAAGACAUUUCUAGGAUUCCCAAAUUACUGUAAGAACUGGCUCAGGAACCUCGGAGUCACCGUGGAUGAGGACAAAGAUUUUGGAAUAGGUUUGAUUACAUCUGUUUCUCCAUCCCCUUACUGUCUACCAUUUUCUUAAGUAGGGGAAACAUUUUAAAAUAAUAAAUUUCUUACCAUCAUAUGUUCACAUGGAUAAAACUAAGUUGAAAACAAUGACCACAUCCAAAGUUCUAUUUGGGGGAAAAUACCAUAGGAGAUAUUAUAGUAUAUUGGGCAUGUGUCCACACAAGGAUUUGUUUUACUGCUUUAUAAAUAAAAGGAAAACUCUGGGUAUUUAUUAUAUAGAUCUUCAUUACAAACACACCUUUUUCUGAGCCUUGGGAUGGUGGGGGGAGAACGCCAUUUUCUGUCUGUGGGAUCCACUAUUGGAACAUAAUCCCAUAGUCCUAGAAGGAAUUCAGUCCCCCACGAGCUUUCUCUUCCAAAGUAUGGUCUUUCCAUGAUUCUUCUGUUCUGCCAAUUCAUGCCAGCUAAAUGGCCCAGACAAGUACAACAUGGAAAUAUUUGGCUUAAGUGGGAGCAGAGGACCCCACCUGGAACUUGACACUUAAAAUGUCUUCUGUUCCCACCCUCCAUCCCCCCCCCCCCCCAGUUAUUGAAGCUUGAAUGUCUCACGAGCUUGAAACCCUCUGAAUUUCCAGGCAGGCCAUCUGGAGUUCUACCAUCCUGUUCCUAGGAGCUUCUUCUAUGUCACUCGUGUUUUCCUAACCUUUAGAAAAAAAAUGGCUGUGUUCUAAGUGUGGCCAUUGUGUCUGACAACUUCUUUCUGGUAUACACUGAUGAUCUUGAGAUAUUCAUUGAAUGAAUGCAGUUGACCUCUGAUUAAUUCCAAACAGUCUCAAGAACAGGUAGCAACUCCUAUGGAGCUUACUCACUAUAUUCAAGAAUGGAAAGGAAUUUAACUGAAGAAAAAUGGUGAAAGUGAAAGCAUCAAAAUUUAUACAAAAUAAGCAGCUUUCUGAAAAUCUGCCUCCAAAGAAACUGAAAUAACUACCAGUAGUUGAUACAUAGUUUCUGAACUUUUAGUUAGAUUCUGAACUUCAAAAUAAGGUUGAAACAUACAGUCUAGGAUUUCCAAAAGAUGAUUCAAUUCACAACUUAGAAAUACCAUAUUCUCUGACUAUGCUGCAGCCACAGUCUGAAAGCAGAGGCUAUAGAAGCACCCUACAACAAACAGACUGACAAAUACAUGGAGAGCAGUGGAUUAGAAGCAGGCUGGGGAGGGAUCCUCUUCCUCCUACCCUUGAAGACGUUUUGAGCCUCAUUCUGGGUGUAUUUCAAAUCUGCUGCCUUUUGCUGCUGUGCAUGUGUCCACAGUCAGUAACAGCCAGGACACUUAGUGAGAAAUCAAAAGGGCAGAAAACAAACUACUUACUAAAAAGAAGUCAGUCCAGUCCUCUUGUUCUCCCUUCUCCAGAACACAACUCUGGGCUGCCUGAACAAGGUAUUAAACCUGCUUCCUCUCCCAUGACUGUCUACCCAAUGGAUCGAUGAAGGCACUACCAUAAAUGGCCUUCCUGAAACAAACUAAAACUUUGUUUGCUCUUCAGAACUGUGCAUGUGUAUAUAUAUAUGCACACACCACACACACACACACACACACACACACACACACACACAGAUGACUUCUGACUUCAAGGAGUAAAAAUAAUGAUUUGGAAUUUAAAUGGUUGGCUUAAUAUUCUUGAGGCCUUCAGUUAAUCUUUUUUUUUUUUUUUUUUGGUUUUUCGAGACAGGGUUUCUCUGUGGCUUUGGAGGCUGUCCUGGAACUAGCUCUUGUAGACCAGGCUGGCCUCGAACUCAUAGAGAUCCGCCUGCCUCUGCCUCCCAAGUGCUGGGAUUAAAGGCGGCCUUCAGUUAAUCUUAUGUAUUCAAAACAUACUAAGUUAAAUGUUUCUCAUCCUUUCAAAGCUCACUACAGUAGAAGACACAUGGAUACAAAAAACAGUAAAUUUCACUUAGAAUGUGCCAGGACACAACAAAAAAGAUGGGUCAUUUUAUCUGAAAAGAUGAAAAAUUAGGUCUUCAUAGAAGAGACCCAAAGCCAAGUGUUAAAAAUUAAAAAGUGGUGUUGAGGCUGCUUCUGGCAGAGGAGACGCCGAGCUAGGACUGAGGCAUGAAUCGGCAGCAGGGUUCUAAGGAACAACAUGUAGUUCAUUAUAUGCCCGCAGUGAAGAACUGAGAGUGGGCAGGAAGUGAAACUGAAUGGAAAGACAGGUUCAGUGUAAGCGCUUCAUAAAGUAAUCUCUGAUUUAAUUAAGCAGACCUUCCUUUGGUCAUUUACUGUGUGCAAGGCAUCAUGGAAAACUUACUGCCGACACUUUGAAGGCGUAGCAUUUUCCACCUCAAGCUUUCCAGUGGCCACACGGAAUGCUGAUUGCUUUUUAUUUAUUGUUGGAGUCAGAGAUUUUAAUAUGGUUAGUGAAAACUAAUGGAGGGCAGUGGGGUUUUCAACAGAAGUAUCCCAUGUUUGUUGUCAAGCACCUUUUAGGCCUUUCUCAACUGUGAGAAAGAAAAGAGGGUGAAGACACAGAGUCUGGAAAGGGCAUCCCAGUCCCAGUACAGUCGGGUGCCACUGGGUAAAGGAGAGAACAAUUCUAACCCCACAGGAAUACAAAGACCACUCCCACCCCCACACUCACCACUUUGCAAAACAUCAGUAAGUUAGCAAAUUCUAAACAUCAUUUCUUUCCCCAUAAAUGCAUGAAGAUAGAGUGUCAGAGUCUCCUUACACUAUAUUUUUAGGGUAUUUGGGAGUUUUCAGGACAUUAAGGAUUUAGAAGGUGGAAGAAAUUAAAACUCUAAAUUUUCAGUUACUUAAAGGAAGCUUCAUACAGACUGUACACUAUGUGCACAGUCUUAAGAAUCAGCAGGAACUGCAUUUGCAAACAUUUUUGUGCUGACAAAACUACUUUUUAAAAAAACUACCUGUAUAAAUAUAUAUAUAUAUAUAUACACACACAUAUAUUUAAAGACAAGGUUUUGAUACUUUUUUUUUUACAAAAACUACCAGAAGAUUGUUCAAACCACAGACUUUUUAAAUGGCAUUUUGUUCUAAACAGGUUGUUAAUGUGAGGGUACUGGUUUGCAAACUCACACUAUCCAAAUGGGUUUUUGUGUUUGCUAACUCACCCUCCAAAUUACCAUAUUUGGUGUAAUAGUAGGGCAUGUAAAAUGUUGGGUCGCACUAACCAUUUCUGCUCUUGUCAUAUUCAUUAGUUUCUGUGCUCAGUGCCUCGGCAAUCUAGCUUCUCCCAGAGGCAGAGGGACUGAAGGAGGUGUGCUCCAUUUCACUAGAUGGUGAACUGAAAACCAAAUGUGGACAUUUGUAAAAUCAGCACACUGUUUCUAGAGAUUAAAUUCAUUUUUUAAAAUCUG